AUGGAGCAGAACAAGAGAUUCACCAUCGGGAACUACGUGUCGGAUGGCAAGCGCCUCGGCAAGGGCGCCUUUGCCACCGUCUACCUCGGCCAUCACAAAGACAACCCCUCUGAGCUCGUCGCGAUCAAGGUCGUGGACGUGGAGCGGCUCACGCGUUCCAACCAGAGGCUCAAGCGACAACUGGACUCGGAGAUCAGCAUCAUGAAGACUCUGCAACACGAUCACAUCGUCACCCUUCACGAAGUCAUCGUGGGAACGGAGUACAUUUACUUGGUACUCGAGUACUGCGUGGGCGGCGACUUCUCGGACUAUUUGAAGAAGCACAAGCGCAAGCGACUAAGCGAAGACACGGCUCGUUGCUUCCUCCGCCAGCUCGCUUCCGGUCUCAAGUAUCUGCACAGCAAAAACAUCAUCCACAGGGACUUGAAGCCUCAGAAUCUGCUCAUGGCCGCCAAGCCCGGUCGGUCCGGCGGCGACAACGGCGACGACAGCACUCGGUGGGAGCUCAAGAUCGCCGACUUUGGGUUCGCGCGGUUCAUGGAGCCGCAGUCGGUGGCCAGCACCCUGUGCGGCUCGCCUCUCUACAUGGCGCCCGAGGUGUUGCUGUGCCAGCCGUACGACGCCAAGGCGGACCUGUGGUCGGUCGGUGCCAUCCUCUUCGAGAUGCUCACCGGAAAGCCGCCUUUCAACGUGCGCACGCACAUCGAGCUCGUACACAUCCUGAUCAGCGAACAAGUCAAAUUCCCGAGAGAUCUGGGGUUGUCGAGCGAUUGCAUGGACCUGCUGCAGGCGCUGCUCAAGAAGAACAAGGAGGAGCGCAUCACGUGGCGCGAGUUCUUCAGCCAUCCGUUCAUCGUGCACGACACCGCCGGCGCCGCCUUGACCACCUUCUGCAGGACCCCGAUCUCGCAGGCCAUUCCGAUAGCACACGGUGGACACAGGAAGCGCAGCGUAACGAUGCAAAGCACACCCACCAAUUCGAGCACCGAAAUGCUUGUGCUGCCCUCGCCGCCAAACUACGGCUCGCCCGGUUCCUUCAUGCACAUACCGACAAUCGCCGGGGGCAGCAGCGGUGGCAGCGGAGAACUCAACUCGCCCACCUACCUACGGAGCCCUCACUCCUCGGGCGGUUUCAGCGUCGAAAGCUAUGGUUCGGGGUGGGGCUCGGGUCUACGCAGGCCGCUGACCAACCCAUUCAAGGAGUCGUUCGACCUAUCUCCGCUCCCCUCCACCUCCGCCGCCAGCACUACAACCGAGUCGGAACCCAAAGAAAAAGAGGGCGCUGAAUCGUUCGAGGACUCGUUUGAGCUGGUGGAGUCGACCGACUCGUUUGAGCUGCUGGACUCGUCUGAGUCGUCGGCUUCCGCGUACACAUCCCCCGAAGAGCGGCACGUGAUUGAUGCCCUGGCGCUGAUGGUGCGGAAGGUGACGGUCGUGAUCGAGCUGGCUGAUACCAAGAUUGACGAGAGUCCGCUCGACGCGCUGGCGCUGUACAUAAAGGCUCUGCACAUCCACCACUCCAUCUCCCAGUAUGUCAAGAAGGCCGCCCAGUCGCACCACCACCUCGCCUACUCCUCGCGCCUCGGUUUAGUGGUGGAACGGAUGCGCGGCGAGUUCACGCUGACGCUCAGAAAGGCCGAGUACCUCAAACGAAACCUGAAACCCAGCGACUCGUGCCCACCCGCCGAGAAGUCCAUCUAUGAAUCGGCUCUCAGAUGGGGCGAGAAGGUGCCACCUUCGAAGUACUGCGCCACUUCAACAAGGCGGAAUCGCUCUACGUGCGGUCGUCGCAGUUGCUGCAGCUUCUCAGCGGGGAGGCCAUCCACCCGUCGGACAAAGCCGUCCUCGAAUCAUACAUAG